AGCCACGCCCCGUCGCCGGGUGCAGACCCAGGGCGGUCGUCCUGCUGCACCAGUAGGUGCAUGGACGUCCCGGGCGCGAGUCGCGCCGGCCAGGCUCCCUGGAAGAAGAUGUCUGCAGAGGAGCUGGAGAAUCAGUAUUCGCCCAGCAGAUGGGUCGUCCGACUGGGAGCAGAGGAAGCCCUGAGGACCUACAAGCAGAUAGGAAGCGAGGCCACCAGGAAAGCCCGUGACACCUGCAGGAACCAGCUGAACGUCCCCUAUGGAGAGGGCGAGGGGGAGAGAGUGGACAUCUACUUUCCUGACCAGGCAUCUGAAACCUUGCCUUUCUUCAUGUUUUUCCAUGGAGGGUACUGGCAGAGUGGAAGUAAAGACGAAUCUGCCUUCAUGGUCAUCCCCCUGACAGCACAGGGAGUGGCUGUGGUGAUGGUGGCAUAUGACAUUGCCCCCAAAGGCACCCUGGACCAGAUGGUAGACCAGGUGACCCGCAGCGUUGUGUUUGUCCAGAAGCGGUAUCCACAUAAUAAGGGAAUCUACCUGUGUGGACACUCUGCUGGGGCCCACCUAGCUGCCAUGAUGCUGCUGGCCAACUGGACCAAGCAUGGAGUAACGCCCAACCUCAGAGGCUUCUUCCUAGUGAGUGGGGUCUACAACCUGCAGCCCAUUGUGUUCACCUCACAGAAUGCCCCUCUCCUCAUGACCCUGGAAGAUGCUCAGAGGAACAGCCCUCAGUGGCACCUGGAGGUGGCCCGAGCACAGCCUGUGGACCCAUCCUGCCCCGUGCUGGUGGCUGUGGGUCAGCAUGACUCCCCCGAAUUCCACCGACAGUCCAGGGAGCUCCAUCAGGCACUGUGCAGAGAUGGCUGGAAAGCCUCAUUUGAAGAGCUGCGCGACGUGGACCAUUUUGAAAUCAUCGAGAACCUAACGCAGAAGGACGAUGCACUCACCCAGAUCAUUCUGAAAACAAUCUUCCAGGAGCUCUGACCACACCCGGCCCCCACCCAACAGACCGCCUGCCCAGCCUGGUUCCUUCUCACUGCUGCUAACAAACACCUGCGCGUCCUCCAGCUACCCAGCCUGGAUAAGCUCCAGGGAACGUCCCCCGGUCAGUGCCGAGAUACCCGCAGCCACCUGUUGGCCAAGUCUGAACCCUCUACUUUCUGACAGGGUGUGAUAAAAACAACUUACCUCUG